AUGGCGGGCCGGCGCGGGGCGCUGAUCGUGCUGGAGGGCGUGGACCGCGCCGGCAAGAGCACGCAGUGCCGGCGGCUGGUGGAGGCGCUGAGGGCCGGCGGCCACCGCGCCGACCUCCUCCGCUUCCCGGAGAGAACAACGGAAAUUGGGCAGCUGAUCAGUUCCUACCUGAUGAAGAAGAAGGACCUGGAGGACCACACUAUUCACCUGCUCUUCUCUGCUAACCGCUGGGAACAUGUGCCACUGAUGAAAGAGAAACUACAUCAAGGGAUCACACUUGUGGUUGACAGAUAUGCCUUUUCUGGAGUGGCCUUCACAAGUGCUAAAGAGAACUUCUGCCUGGACUGGUGCAAGCAGCCUGAUGUUGGACUCCCAAAGCCAGAUCUGAUUCUGUUUCUUCAGUUAAGACCAGAAGAGGCAGCAGGACGAGGGAACUUUGGAACUGAACGCUACGAGAACAGCUCCUUCCAAGAGAAAGUUCUGCAGUCCUUCUACCACCUGAUGAAGGAUGAGACAUUGAACUGGAAGACAAUGGAUGCUUCAAAGACCAUAGAAGAUUUGCACAAAGAAAUCAAGUCCAUUGCAGAGGAAACUAUACAGGAGGCUCAGAAUAAACCUUUGGCAGAACUCUGGAAAUAAAGCUUUAUACAGAUUAUUCCCUGGACAAAGAC